AUGUCUUUGCCCACGUCGUCGGCUCCCCCUCAUGCAGUCUGGAAGCCGAGCAAGUCGACGCCGAUUCCGAUCACAGAUAUCCUGACUUUUGCAUUCGCUAAUCUUGGUCGAUAUGACAAUGACCAGCCGAUUUUCAUCGAUGCAACAGACCCGUCAAGAUCCAUCUCAGCCCUGCGAGCACUGCAUGUCGUUCGUCGUCUGAUCAAAGGCCUGAAAGAGCUGGGGUUGAAAGAGGGGGAUUGUGUGUGCCUACAUGCAUUCAACAACAUCUGGUACCCGUUGAUUUGGUUAGGGAUAAUCGGGACCGGCGCUUGCGUUUCUGGAACCAAUCCUGCCUACAAUGCUUCCGAGCUUGUCCGGCAUUUCCAACUCACCAAGCCAAAGUUAAUUUUUGUCCAAGGCAGCUGUGUCCAUCCAAUCAUGCAAGCUGCUUCGGAAUGCGGUGUGCCUCAAUGCAAUAUCUUCGUCGUUGGCCUGCCGGAGGGGGCACCUUUGCAGGAAAUUCGGGACUGGCAGACACUGCUGCUAAACGGAGAAAGCGAUUGGCAUGGGUCCUUCGAUGAUGCUCAAGCUGAUCAAGACCGGAUCGCGGUAUAUUCCAUGACCAGUGGGACAACUGGCCUCCCAAAGGCUGCUAUGGUUCCACAUCGUUCAAUUGUAGCACAAAGUGCAUUGUUGGAGUGUCAAUUCAACGCCAGGCCUUACCAGCCUUCACAGCUUAUUUGUCUCCCUGUCUUCCACGCAUUCACAUCGCCCCUGGCCAUGAUCCUACCUCUCCGUCUGGGGAUCCCGACCUACUUUCUGCCGAGGUUCGUGCUCCAGGAUUUCCUGCAUGCGGUGCACAAUCACCACAUCACGGACGUGCCGCUCGUUCCUCCGAUCGUUGCCUCGCUGAACCAGCUGCCUGUGGCGGCCCAUUCUCUCCUUGAGAGCCUCCGUUACAUCAUCUGCGCUGGUGCGCAGAUGACAGUCAAUGUCCAGACCAAGCUAUAUGACGUCCUAGCACCAAAUGCCGUCGUCGCCCAAUGCUGGGGUACAACUGAGGCAGGUUGGCACACGUUGUUCGGCUGGAACGAAAAGGACACCUCCGGAAGUGUUGGACGGCUUCUACCCAAUGUCGAGCUGAAGCUGGUGGAUGACAACGGUACUGUGGUUUCCCAGGAUGGGAAGCUUGCAGAAGCCCUGGUCAAGUCGCCCGUGUUGUUUACCGGGUAUCUUGACAAUCCUGACGAGACCCGGGCAGCAUUCGACUCGGAAGGGUACUAUCGCACCGGCGACCGUGUCUUUGUUGUCGACAAUAAAGUGUUUUAUGAAGGCCGAAUCAAAGAGGUGAUGAAAGUCAACGGUUGGCAGGUUUCACCCACAGAACUUGAGACGGUCUUACUGGAACACCCCAUGAUCCUCGACGUGGCUAUCGUUGGCAUCACUGAAACAGAUCAAGCAGGGCUUCCAGUCACACGACCACGUGCGUACAUCGUCCGGAGCCCCGUCAGAAUGGCUGAAGAUGAUGACGAACGGAAGCCGCUGACAGUCGAAACGGUUCAGGAAUUUGUGGCCGGCAGGUUGAUCUCAUACAAAAGACUCACGGGAGGGGUGGUUUUUGUCAAGGUUAUACCACGCUCGGCCACGGGGAAAAUCAUGAGGCAUCGGUUGGCGGAAACCCCGCUUGAUUUCCAUGACUGAUCCAAGAUCGUAUGAACAACCAAAUUCAACGC